CAAGUUGCUGUCAGGCAAGGAUAUGGUUCUGUGUACAGUUUUCAAAAUAGUAGGUCUACCUGGAGACACACGUCAGUCUGGAAAGGCUGCAUAAACUGCACACCUUCUCUAUCCUACACCGCAAGAAUAGAGAAAUAGUGGAAGUGGAGCAAGCCGAUAAGUGUAGGAAUAAGCAGUGGAAAGGCUGCAUAAACUGCACACCUUCUCUAUCCUACACCACAAGAAUAGAGAAAUAGUGGAAGUGGAGCAAGCCGAUAAGUGUGGGAAUAAGCAGUGAACCAUCAAGAAUCAUGCAGAUGGUGUGGACAUUGACUGCCUUGUGCCUCGCCUCUAGUUUGGCACACGGGGAUCAAGGUGUCUCUGAGACCUCGGAGAAAACGCACACCAACAACUGGGCUGUGCUGGUGGACACCUCCCGCUUUUGGUUCAAUUAUCGUCAUGUUGCAAAUGUGCUAUCCAUGUACCGCUCGGUCAAGAGACUUGGUAUUCCAGAUAGUCAGAUAAUCUUGAUGGUGGCUGAUGACAUGGCGUGCAAUCCCCGCAAUCCUCGGCCAGCUACAGUGUUCAACAAUGCUCACCAGCACAUCAAUGUCUAUGGUGAGGAUGUAGAGGUGGACUACCGUGGUUAUGAGGUAACUGUUGAAAACUUUGUGAGGCUGUUGACAGGCCGGCUGGCUCCCAGCACUCCAAGGUCCAAGCGGCUGCUGACAGAUGACGGUUCCAACAUUCUGAUCUACAUGACUGGUCACGGUGGAGAUGGCUUCCUCAAAUUUCAGGAUUCAGAAGAAAUCACAAACGUCGAAUUGGCUGAUGCUUUUGAACAGAUGUGGCAGAAGAAAAGGUACAAUGAAAUUCUCUUCAUCAUUGACACCUGCCAGGCAGCCUCCAUGUAUGAGCACUUCUACUCUCCCAACAUCCUGGCCAUUGCAUCCAGUCUGGUGGGGGAAGACUCACUCUCGCAUCAUGUUGAUCCAGCCAUCGGAGUUUACAUCAUUGACCGCUUCACCUACUAUGCUCUGGAGUUCUUAGAGAGAGUCACCCCAGACAGCAAGAAGACACUUGCCCAGUUUCUUCAAGUGUGUCCCAAACGAGUGUGCAUAUCCACAGUAGGGGUUCGGUUGGACCUCUACAAGAGGGACCCCAGUCGUGUUUUGGUGACAGAGUUUUUUGGGUCAGUGCGUAAUGUAGAGCUGACCACCCGGGUUCUGGACUUGCCCAAGUGUGGUGGAUCACGGCAGGUAGCAGUCAAUAAAUCAGUUAAUACAAGAAGCAGCAAAGCCACAAAGCCUCUUCAUUAUGCUAGUCAGCUUCCUCUUCACCAUUCCUGAAUUAUGGGGAAAAAACUUCAGUGACUGUCUUGAAAGUGAAGUGUUUUCAGGUUUGAUGAGGUGUGAAAUUUGUUCUACCAUGAGAUUGUGGAAAUGCGGGUGGAAACGAUACACUGAGCCAUCCACUGCCACAGUUACACUUUCUUCAUUUAUGCGGUUAAGGAGCACAGCAACACCUGCAGCAGCCAAGCUUGCUGCCCGCCUGGAGACACAUUCACAGACGUGGCGGACAUUGGCACAAUCGGCAUCAGUGGCAUCAUUGAAUCCUAACUCUUCCAAGAUGGCACGGCAGUUGUUGAAGUCAUCAGGUUUGUCACUGAGGAAACAGGAAAGUUUUUAAAAUAAGGAAUUUGCAAAAGUAUUGCAAAUAAAUGUCAAAUCUUGUAAGUUACACACAUCCUGUUAAAUAAAGAAUAUUCAGUUUUUAUAUUGUAUGCAGUGGCAAAAAUUCUGAUGAUAGAAAAUGGAGGCAUGUCAAUAAAGACUAAAAGUGGUGAAUAAGAGGAAAUCUUGUGUAGUGAAGAGGAAUGGAAUGUGUAAGGAUGAACUGUAUGGAUAAGAGCAAGUGAAAAGUUUUUUCUACCUGGAAAUCUGUAAAGAAUAUACAUUUGUCCAUAUGUAUAUAUAGAAUAAAUAUGUGAUAAAGGCAGAGAAGAUUUAUGUGCUAUGUAAAAUACAUUUCAUAUUGUCAUUUGAGGCAAAAAAAGACAAAGAUCAAUAUGUUAAUAAAAUAGUGAUGCAAAUUACCAAAGUCACAUGUAAUCAAGUCCUCUGCAUUCUACAUUUCAAGAGAUGAAAUCUUAUGGCAUAUAAAAAGAAAAAAAUGGACUUGUUUUAAUAUGGUUUUAGACUGUACAUUUUCCAAGUGAUCUAGAAUGUCUAUGCAUUUAUACUUUUAGUGUAUUACUAAAAAUAUGAUUAAGUAGUCAGUCAAUUAAAUAAACUGAGUAUGACUUCAAAA